GGAAGGAUGUGUAAACGUUAGCUGCUCUCCCUCAAACCCAGUUGAGACGAGGCGGCGGAGCAGAAGGUUGUCACAGUCUGCCGCCACACCUUCCCUCGCACACGUUUCUUGUAGUGGAUGUCCUUGCACUCUCUCAAGCAUCGGCUGACUCAGGAGGUUCUGUGCAGGAAUCAGCUGGGAAUACUUCACUUGUGCCGCGGAAAAUGCCGAGGAAGGAUGUGUCGCUGGAGUCUAAUGCUACGGAGAUCAGGAUCACAGUGAACCGUGCAGAUGACGAGAAGAGCAUCAGCAUCACAGGCGCAGAGGAACGCGGAGUCUGGGGCAAUAAGAUUGAGUUUGUGCUAUCUUGCCUCUCGUUUGCCGUAGGCCUGGGCAACAUAUGGCGCUUUCCUUACCUCUGCUACCGCAAUGGGGGAGGCGCGUUCCUUAUUCCUUACGCCAUCAUGUUGCUGGUGACUGGCUUGCCGUUGUUCUUCUUUGAGCUCAGCUUAGGCCAGUUCGGCAGGGAAGGCCCCAUCACCAUAUGGAAGGUGGUGCCACUCUUCCAGGGUGUUGGUGUGGGAAUGUUCAUGAUUGCCUUCUUCAUCGCCCUCUACUACAAUGUCAUCAUCGCAUGGGCUUUCUUCUACCUCUUCUCCUCCUUCACGGCUGAACUGCCAUGGCAGUCUUGUGACCAUUGGUGGAACACUGACGCUUGCAAGAGGUUCGACACCAAGAAUUGCACCACCCACAAGGGCAUCAUGUCAUCCAAUGGCACCUGCUUCUUCAGGGACGAGGUGAAUCAGACUGAGUGGGACAGACUAAAUCAGACGGCGCAAGAAAUGAAGCUGCCCGCCGACGAGUUCUUCCAUAACUUCAUGCUCGGGAUCUCUCAGGGCUUCCACGACGACGACGGACACACCCUCCAGUGGCACCUAUCGCUCUGCCUCGUGCUGUCCUGGGUGGUGGUCUUCUUCGGGCUCUUCAAAGGUGUAACCAGCAUGGGAAAGGCUGUUUACUUCACCGCUCUCUUCCCCUACACCGUUCUCAUUAUUCUCUUCGCUCGAGCAGUCACCCUCCCUGGUUACGUCGACGGCAUCACAUUUUAUAUAACCCCGCAGUGGGACAAGCUGCUCAAGGCGAGGGUGUGGGGCGACGCUGCCAUGCAAAUCUUCUUCUCCUUGGGGCCUUGCUGGGGCGGCCUCAUUACUCUUGCCUCUUACAACAAGUUUAACAACAAUUGUCUCAGGGAUGCCAUUUUCAUCUGUGUCGCCAACUGCUGCACCAGCUUCUUCUCAGGUUUUGUUAUAUUUGGUAUCGUGGGUUUCAUGGCUCACUCUAUGGGCGUCCCUGUGGCGGAUGUGGCGGCGCAGGGAGCGGGAUUGGCCUUCGUUGCAUACCCAGAGGCCGUGGCUCGCUUGCCGCUCUCGCCCCUGUGGUCCAUCCUCUUCUUCGUCAUGCUGCUCACCCUUGGCCUCGGCUCCCAGUUCACCAUCGUGCAGACUGUGAUCACUUGUCUCGUGGAUUUCCUCGGCAUUCGCAGGCAUUACAAGAAGACAUGCACAGUGGUUUGCAUGGUGGGUUGCGCCAUCGGCCUCAUCAUGUGCACGAGACAUGGCAUGUAUAUCCUGCAGCUUCUCGACAACUACUCUGGCACCUACUCGGCCCUCAUGAUCGGUUGUAUUGAGUUGAUCGCCUUGUGUUGGGUGUACGGCGUGGACAACUUCAUGGAAGACAUUAAAAUGAUGUUGGGGAAAACACCCUUCCCUUACUACUACUGGAAGAUCGUGUGGCAGUUCAUCACCCCGUUGAGUGUGUUCAUAAUCCUCAUUUUCACCUUCCUCGAUUACUCCCCAACCGAGUAUGGCCCUUAUAAGUUCCCAGUGUGGGCAGACGUGUUGGGCUGGCUCAUCUCCUUCUCCUGCGUGCUUGUGGUGCCUAUACGAGCCUGCUGGCUCAUGGCAGGCAAGAGUGGUCCCCUGUGGGCGAGAGUACAGCAACUGUGUCGGCCUGACGCUGAUUGGGGACCAGCGCGCAGACGAACAGACGACUCCGUGCUCAACUACAUCGACUCCAAGACACCCCUCGCUAACGAUGAUGAACAGCACGAGAUGGACCGCGAGUCGCCCUACCUCACGCGAGUGUCUGAGGAGUGGGAGGACGAGGAGGACGACGGGCUGCAGAUGAAGGUUCCUUCCAACGCUAAAAUCUAAACUUCCUCAUAUAUUUUUCAUCGGUGAUCACCGUCGCCCAAACAGUUCCUUGAAGUAUUUUGCCCCUGCUGUCUCAGAUUACCUGGAGGAGUUGCCCUAGUGUGAUAGCGACCAAAGAAAUCAACAUUAGACUUAUGGUAGUUCAUGAAGCAAUGAAGCAGUAUUCGGAUGUUUUUUGCAGGAGGCCAAUUUCCUUGAACAAGUAUGCUGGCUGCUCAGAACUACAUCUGCAGACCUGUAUUUGCCUACCAUGCUUCACUGCGUUGGAGUUUGCAUGACGCUGUAGCAAGAAUUGAAAAAUGACCCGGUAAUAUAUCACUUCAUCAUGACGAACACCAAAGCCAUAGGAGGUGGCCGUGUCCAAUUCCCUUUACCUACUGGAAUCUGACAAGACUUGUUUUGGCUCCACUUGGACACCACCUGCAGGUUCUCCAACUUAAUCUACUCGUAACCUAUACCAAAUCUCACAAGUACUACUGCUGCUGCUGCUACUACUGCUAUUUCUACAACAGCAACAACAACAACAACAACAACAACAA